AUGACAGAUGAUGAAAUACAUGAAAGAUAUAAUUUCCUAUCGAAAUUAUUAGAUUUACCACCUGGUUAUAAACUAAUUAAAAAUUUAAGUGGUGGUCAACAGAGGAGAGUGUCUUUGGCUGUUGUUUUGGUACACGAUCCUGAACUUCUUAUACUUGAUGAACCAACCGUUGGAUUGGAUCCUGUAUUGAGACAAAAAAUUUGGGAUUAUUUAGUACAAAUAGCAAGUGAGAGAAAGAAAACAAUUAUUAUAACAACUCAUUAUAUAGAAGAAGCAAAUGAAGCACAUUGUAUAGGACUAAUGAGAAAUGGUAAAAUUUUAGCAGAAGGUAAACCUCAAACAUUAUUAGAAACAUAUAAUUGUACAUCAAUAGAAAAUGUUUUUGUUCAUCUAAGUCGGAAACAAGUUGAAAAAUCAUUGUUUAAUGAAAUUAAAGAAAGGAAUUAUGAAAUGGAAAGGCAACAGAGAAGAGAAAUCGAAUUUCAACCGUAUAAAAAACCACUGUCGGAAAAAUUAAAAUUUACAAAUAAAGGACACGCAAAAGCCAUGUUGACAAAGAAUUUUUUCAGGUUUAAAAGACAUCCCGGAACGUUGAUAUUUGCUUUUGGAUUUCCGAUUCUUCAAGUCUGUUUGUUUUUUUCCGUUGUCGGAACUUUUCCGGACGACACAAAAGUUGGAAUCGUUAACGAAGAAAUGGGUAAUUUUACAAAUUGCGAAGAUUACAAACUACAUAAUAAAAUAGGCGGGAUUUUAAGGGAAGACAAUUACACAUGUGAAUAUACGGGAUUGGCGUGCAAAUUUGUGGAUUACUUGGGAGAAAAAUUACAAAAUAAAGUUUAUUUAUAUUCGAAAGAAGAAGGUAUGCACGAAGUGAAAAAAGGUACCAUACGUCAAAUGCUUUACUUUCCUUAUAAUUUUUCCAAAGUGGUUACCUUAAUCAGAGAUAGAUCCACGGAUUUAACGGAUGACGAAAUUGAAAUGCAAAGAGUUAAAGUUUACAGAGAUUCAGUUGAUGUUACAAUAAAUGCUUUGGUUCAAGAGGAAAUCUAUGAUACGUACAAAAGAUAUUCACAAAGUUUAGCAACUGAUUGUAAUGUGAAUCCUCACGUGGAAAGAAUACCGAUAGUGUUCAAUGAACCUGUAUACGGUAGCAAAGAAUUAACUUACAGAGAUUUCAUGGCACCUGGAGUGAUAGUAGUGUUAACGUCGUUCUUAGCCGUUGGAGUGUCAACAUUAACAAUAAUUACGGAAAGACUGGAAGGAGUUUGGGAUAGAACUUUGGUAACAGGAGUAUCGAAAACAGAAAUUUUAAUUUUUCACACAAUCACCCUUUGCUGUGUAUCCCUCGUGCAAAUCACAGAAUUAUUUAUAUUUUCAUUUUUCAUAUUUAAAUUGGAUUGUAAAGGGGAUAAAUUUUAUGCAUUUUUAUUGACGUACCUGCAAUCGAUUAUAGGAAUUUGUUUUGGGAUUUUAAUAUCCGUCGUAACGAGAACCGUAACGGAAGCAAAUUACGCAUCGUUGGGACUCUUUUAUCCAUUUAUUAUAAUGUCUGGAUGUAUUUGGCCGUUGGAGGGAAUGCCUAAUUUUCUACGUUAUUUUAGUUAUUUCGUACCUACGACGUUACCCGUUGAAUCCAUGAGUCAUAUUAUACACAAAGGUUGGGGUAUAGCUAGAUUUCAGGUUUUUAAAGGUUUUCUCGCAUCAUUCGGUUUCAUACUUUUUUUCACUUUGACUAGCAUAUUCAUUCUUAAAAGAGAAAAAAAAUAA